AGCAGUGCCAAAAAAAAAAAUAAAAAAUCGAAAAAAUAACGCCAAAAAAUCAUCCCAAUUCCCAGAACAUUGGCAGGGUACCCAUGUAUGGUAUUGUAAAAAGCAUCGUGUUUUUUACCCUUUCCUCUCACUCUCACACCUUUCCCUUCCAAAAGAUAGGGAAGGGAAAGAGUUGUCCGGGGAGAGAAAAAAUAGAGGUAAAAAAAAUCAUCGAAAAUAACACGAAGAGACAAUUAAACAUAAAGGAUAAUUAUCUAUCUUUUUCUUUUCCUUUUUCGAAGCAAAAAAACCAACAGGGAAGGUAGGUAAGAAAAUAAGGAAAAGAAAAGAGGCGGCCCUCAUCCCCCCCUCCCCCUUCCUGGUGAUCAGGAAAACCAGGGAAGGGAAGGGAAGGGAAGGGAAGGGAAAAUUACCAUGG